AUGGCGACCAUUACUGGACUGCGUGUCAUUGUCGCUGGGGCGGCCACUGGUGUUGGUGCCGGCACCGCGAAACUGCUCGCCGCCCGUGGGGCCAAGGUUGUCGUAGCCGACAUUAACAUUGCCGCAGCAAAGGAUGUUGGUGCCGAGAUCAACAAUGCUGGAGGCAGUGCGACCGUCAUCGAGUUCGAUCUUGCGGAUGAGCAGUCCAUCAAGAAUCUCAUCGAGAAGGGCACUGAGUGGCUGGGAGGGCUUGACAGCCUGCUGAACAUCGGGGCCGAUCUGAGCCCCAAGACUUUGGGCAAUGACCGAGCAGUGCACGACAUGGAUGCUGAAAUCUGGCAUCGGACAUUCCAAGUCAACACCACAGGUUACGCCUUGACGACGAAAUAUGCUCUUCCUCACCUGAAGCAGGCCAGUGGCGGUACCAUCAUCAACAUUUCCAAUGGGUGGGCACUACCUGGGUACUCCAGAGCCACUCCGACCACGACAUAUGGCAAGGACAAUGUCAGGUGCAACACUGUUGCCCUGGGGCCUAUCUUGACUGAGACUCUCCAGAAGUCCAUUAACGCAAGCCCUGCCAUGCAAGAGGGCUUAAAGAAGGUGCCGCUGCAAAGGUUGGGGAAGCUGGAGGAGGUGGCAGCUCUACUGGCAUUUAUGAUAUCCUCAGAUGCGGCAUAUGUCACGGGUGAUAUCUGGUCAAUCAACGGAGGAACUCAUGUCAUGACCUAUGCUUGA